AUGCCGUCUUGUAAAGGGUACGUGCUGCUCUUUAUUUGUCUUUCUUUCUCUCGAAAUAUCUCGACGUUAGUGACUCAUUAUUCAAUACCCGAGGAGAUGAAAGAAGGAUCCGUUAUAGCGAACCUUGCUACCGAUCUGAGUAUGGAUGUUAAAACACAGAACCAGAGGAAGAUUCGUCUGGACAUUAUAGCGAAUAAGAAAUAUCUGGAUGUGAACAAAGAGACUGGUGAACUGUACAUUGUUGAAAAAAUUGACAGAGAAAAUGUUUGCACAACCAAAUCUUUAGCGUCGUGCUAUCUCAAAUUGGAGAUUAUACUGGAAAACCCUGUACGAAUUUUUAACAUCGAAGUAGAAAUAUUGGAUAUGAACGACAACGCCCCGCAGUUUCGGAGGGACAUCAUUCAUUUAGAUAUAUCUGAGGCGACGUCAAAAGGAGAGAGAUUCUCUCUCAGUAAUGCAGUUGAUCCUGAUGUCGGAAUAAAUUCCGUAAAAACCUACCAUCUCAGUGAAAGUGAACUUUUUUCAAUUGAAGUUCAGACUGGUAGAGAUGGCUCAAAGUUUGCUGAAUUAAUCUUAACAAAGACUUUAGAUCGAGAGCAGCAAUCAGUUCAUAAUUUGAUACUCACAGCUGUAGAUGGAGGAACACCCGCUCGUUCUGGGACUGCAAGUGUUAUUGUGCGUGUUUUGGACACAAAUGACAACGCUCCUACUUUUGAUCAAGCUAAAUAUAAUAUAAGAACAAUAGAAAACUCUCCCAUUGGAAGCCUUGUUAUUGAUCUCAAUGCAACAGAUUUAGAUGAGGGAUCAAAUUCAGAUGUAACCUACUCAUAUAGUUUAUAUACAUCUGAGAAAACCCAAGACACAUUUAAACUGAAUCCUUCUACUGGGGAAAUUACUAUUAAAGGAAUGCUAAAUUAUGAGGAUUUCAGGAUUUAUGAUAUGGAAGUUAUAGCCACUGAUAAAGGAGCUACUGCAUUAUCGGGACAAUGUAGUAUACAAAUUCUGGUUGAAGACAUGAAUGAUAACCAUCCAGAAAUAUCAAUUAAAUCAUUUCAUAGUCCGGUAAAUGAAAACAUAGCAUUAGACACAGUGAUCGCUGUAGUCAGUGUAAGUGAUAAAGACUCAGGUGAUAAUGGAGUUGUUGAUCUUCAUAUUCCAGAUAAUAUGCCUUUCACACUGAGGGAGUCCUCUGAUAACUAUUAUGAGUUAGUAGUGUCAGAGCCUUUAGACCGUGAGAAGGUUCCAGAAUAUGACAUCACUUUCACUGUGACAGACAGAGGUUCUCCUCCUUUAUCUGACAAUGAAACUAUGACGUUAGAACUGCUGGAUGUUAAUGACAAUGUUCCACAGUUCCCUCAGUCGUUUUAUACAAUACGCGUAAUGGAGAAUAACGCACCUGGAGCCUUGCUCAGUUCCCUCACUGCGUUUGACCCUGACCUCCAUGAAAACCAGUAUCUAGUCUAUUUCAUCCUGGAGAAGGAGAUCGCCAACACCUCCAUGUCCAUGCUGUUCUCCAUCAAUCCAGAGAACGGGAAUCUUUACGCACUAAAAACCUUUGACUAUGAGAUCGAGAAUGAGUUUCUUUUCCACAUCGAGGCCAGAGACUCUGGCUCUCCUCCGCUCAGCAGCAACGUGACGGUCCACAUCAUUAUAGUGGACCAGAACGACAACGCUCCGGUCAUUGUCUCUCCGUGGCGCGCGCAGGGCUCAGUGGUGGAGGAAACGAUCCCCAGAUCCACCGACAAAGGCUCUCUGGUUGCCAAGGUGAUAGCUUUAGACACCGACUCGGUGCACAACUCUCGGAUUACCUACCAGUUUCUACAAGUGACCGACGCCACCUUGUUCAGUCUGGAUCAAUACAACGGGGAGAUCCGGACUAUGAGGAUGUUCAGUUACAGAGACCCGCGUCACCAGCGCCUGGUUGUUGUUGCCAAGGACAACGGGGAGCCCGCCCUCUCUGCUACAGUCACCAUCAAGCUGUCCACAUUGGAGACCGCCGUUAAUAAGGCCUACUCUGACAUGACUGAGGUGCCUCUGGAAUACGACAUCUUCUCAGACCUGAACCUGUACUUGGUCAUCGGUCUGGGCUCGGUGUCGUUUCUCCUGCUGAUCACCAUACUGGUCACCAUCGUGCUUAAGUGUCAGAAACCCAAACCCAGCAAAGCGGCUCCUCCGUGCAGGAACAGUGUGCUCAGUGAGAGGAACUCCACCAUCGCAGACUCCACUCUGGUCUCCAACGAUGCGUACUGGUACAGUAUGUUUCUAGCAGAGACCAGGAAAGGAAAGAUGGUGGUUAGACAGCCUGCGCCAAAGGGCUCCAGAUACAUCGUGUCCAGUAUACCACGAGGCACAGGACUGACAGACACUAGUGACUCAGCAGCUUCCACUCUGCAGGUAUGGAGGAAACUUAAUUAAAUUCAUAACAUACUGCCGUUUCAUCCAAACA